AUGAGAUAUAGUUGUCAGUGCUUUGUUUUUAUUGAUUUAUCUAAAGGUAAUGGCGUGGGUGUAAAUGCUUACAUCAUCGACACGGGUAUCUACCCAGACAACAAAUUCUUCUCCGAACGUGCUUUCGUCGCCUACGAUAAUGUGGGUGACGGGAAAGAGGGAAUCGAUUGUAACGGGCACGGUACCCACUGUGCUGGGACAAUAGGAGGUGAAGUAUUCGGUAUCGCCAGGGAGGCUUCUCUGUACGGCGUGCGGGUACUCGAUUGUGCUGGUAGCGGCUCCACGUCAAGCAUUCUUGACGGGAUGGAUUUUGUUGCUAAAAAUGCCAAGCACCCUGCUGUGGCAUCAAUGUCUCUGCGGUCUCCGCAAUCCGAAGCCAUGGAGGAGGCCGUCAGGAGAAUGAACGAUGCGGAUGUGACUGUCUCGGUGUCGGCUGGUAACAGUGCCGGGGACGCGUGCAACCAGUCGCCCGCUAGUGCUAAGGAGGCGAUCACGGUGGGCGCCACCGAUAUUGAGGACCAGAGGGCGUCCUUCUCCAAUUACGGGAAGUGCGUUGACCUGUUUGCUCCCGGUGUGGACAUCCCCAGUUUGUGGAUGGGUGGAGACUUCGAAGUCAACACCAUCAGUGGAACUUCCAUGUCCUGUCCACACGUCAGUGGAGCUGCAGUGAUAGCCCGCAGCAACGAUCCAACGUUGGAAGCGGCUGAAGUGAAGGCUAAGAUUCUGAAGGACGCCACACCUGACGUAGUCAAGAAUCCUGGGCCAGAAUCUCCCAAUCUCAUGCUGUACAUCCCGUAGUUGAC